AUGGUGGCGCGGGCAGUGUCGCCUGGCGGCGAUUCUGAAUGGAGGCAGGAGCCUCGGAAUCUCGUGCGGAAGGCGGAACGGACGGCGGCACGGCGGGCGCUGCUGGCGGCGGACUACGGCCUGGCCGCAGCCAAGGCAGGGGUCCAGAGGCGGCGCGGCGAGCUGCAGGCCGUGCAGAGCGCGGACGGCGCCACCACGGAGGUCUUGGGCCAGUUCGACCUCGAGUGUGACGGGGCGGCGCACGAGUUCACGGCUCUCGCGCCGGCUGUGGCCUUCGCGGGUGGCUUGGAGGCGGGUCGGCGGCUGGCGGAGCGCUCUGCCUGGUCGGGCGCGAACGGGAACGUGGACACCUCGACCGACGAGGCGAACGACGAGGACGAAAACGCGCUGCAGAACAUAGAAAAUAUCGAAAUCGCGGCAGCUUCGGAGGAGUCGGAGGGCGGCUGCGAGUUCGACGGCGACGACGGCGGCGAGCUCGCCGAAGGCUCCUCGGGCGGGGAGCUGGACGCCAAGUCGCAGAGCGAGCUUGGGAGCGACUUCGACGUGUCGGAGGAGGCAUGCGAGCCCGACGGCAACGACGGCGGCGAGCUCAGCGCGGGCCUCUCGCGCGGGCUCGGCGCCAAGUCGGAGUGCGAGCUCCAGGGUGACUCCGACGAGGACGCGGAGGAAAGCGACGGCAUGGAGGGAACGGACUUGGGCCGAUUUGCGUCGAUGCCAGGCGGAGAAGAAUGUGGCCAGGCCCGCGAUAUGGCGGACGCGGGCGCCAUGGCCUGCCCCGCGAGGCGGGGCGGCCGGAGAGGCGAGGCCCUGAACGCCGGCGCGCGGAGCCGCCUGGCGCGCAGUCAGGAGGAGUACACCAGCGGCAAUUACGAGCACAUUGUUGACGUCACCACCGUUCAGCAGUGUGCCAACCUGUGCACGGAGAGGCCCUGGUGCCUCGGCUUCAACUACAAGCCCGUGGGCGGCGCCCCGGGCUUCGAGGAGAAGACGUGCCAGCUCGUGAGCCAGGAGCACAUCUGCAAAACGGACGUCACGAAUUUGACCAUGUACACAAAAGGGGUAUACGUGUGCACCCCGGGCGAGGUGUGCAAUCCGCAACUGACAAGGGAGCAGUGCGACGCCAAAGUAAAGUUGUUCGGCGAAACCCUUCAGAACAGCGAUGAUGAGGAAGGGAGGGCAGCCAAAUCACGAGUAAUCCCACGUUGGGCAUGUCAGCACGGUGUUGUCAGCCUGUUGCAAGGUGUCUGGAUGUUCGUUCCAUUCUCCCCUUAUUAG